UACGUUGCAUUGCACAGAUGGAGGACUACCAUAAACCAGACCAGCAGACGGUGCAGGCGCUCCGGAACAUCGCGACCCGGCUCCGGAUCAACUCCAUCAAAGCGACAACUGCAGCUGGCAGCGGUCACCCCACAUCAUGUUGCAGCGUAUCAGAGAUCAUGUCUGUGCUGUUCUUUCAUACCAUGAAGUACCGACCUGAAGACCCCCGAAACCCCAACAACGACCGCUUCAUCCUCUCAAAGGGUCAUGCAGCCCCUGUGCUGUAUGCCGUGUGGGCGGAGACGGGCUACCUGAAGGAGAACGAGCUCCUCAACCUCCGCAAGGUGGACUCCAUCCUGGAGGGACACCCUGUGCCGAAGCAGCAGUUUGUGGAUGUGGCCACUGGGUCUCUGGGACAGGGGCUGGGAGCUGCCUGUGGGAUGGCCUACACUGGAAAAUACUUUGACAAGGCCAGCUAUCGGGUGUUCUGCCUGCUGGGAGAUGGAGAGAUGUCCGAGGGCUCGGUGUGGGAGGCCAUGGCCUUUGCCUCGUACUACCAGCUAGACAACCUGGUGGCCAUUUUGGACAUCAACCGUCUGGGACAGAGCGACCCGGCUCCACUGCAGCAUCACGUGGAGAAGUACCAGCGACGCUGUGAGGCCUUUGGCUGGCAAGCCAUCAUUGUGGACGGCCACAGUGUGGAGGAGCUCUGCAAAGUGCUGAGUCAGCCCCGCCAUCAGCCACUCGCCAUCAUUGCCAAGACUAUCAAGGGCAAGGGCAUCCCAGCGGCUGAGGAUAAGAUGGGUUGGCACGGUAAGCCCCUGCCCAAAGACAUGGCCGACAGCGUGGUCAAAGAGAUGCAGAGCCGUAUUGUCAGCUGCAACAAGCGCCUGUAUCCUUCUCCACCCAUCGAGGAUGCAUCGCCUGUCAGCCUGCGCAACAUCCGCAUGCCCAGUGCACCCAGCUACAAGCUUGGAGAGAAGAUUGCUACAAGGAAGGCGUACGGCAUGGCUCUGGCUAAGCUGGGCCGCUACAACGACCACGUGGUGGCCCUCGAUGGAGACACCAAGAACUCCACCUUCGCUGAGCUUUUCAAGAAUGAACACCCCAACCGUUAUGUGGAGUGCUACAUCGCAGAGCAGAACAUGGUGAGCGUGGCGAUGGGCUGUGCUGUGCGGGACCGUAACGUGGUGUUUGCCAGCACCUUCGCCACAUUCUUCAGUCGGGCCUACGACCAGCUCCGCAUGGCCGCCAUCUCUGAGAGCAACAUCAACCUCUGUGGCUCCCACUGUGGAGUCUCCAUUGGUGAGGACGGGCCCUCUCAGAUGGGUCUUGAGGAUUUGGCAUUGUUUAGGGCCAUUCCCACGGCAACCGUCUUCUACCCUAGCGAUGGUGUCUCCACUGAGAAGGCUGUGGAGCUUGCUGCUAACACAAAGGGUUUGUGUUUCAUCCGAACGAGCCGCCCAGAGAACAACAUCAUAUACAACUGCAACGAGGACUUCCAUGUUGGUCAGGCUAAGGUUGUGUAUAAGACCAAUGACGACCAAGUGACUGUCAUUGGAGCUGGAGUGACCCUCCACGAGGCUCUGGCCGCGGCUGAACAGCUGAAGAAAGAAAGAAUUAACAUCCGUGUGAUCGACCCAUUCACCAUCAAACCUCUGGACUCAAAGACCAUCAUCGACAACGCCAGGGCCACCAGAGGACGCAUCAUCACAGUGGAGGACCACUACCACGAAGGUGGGAUAGGUGAGGCAGUUUGUGCGGCGGUCGUGAACGAGACCGGUUUCACUGUGCAGCGCCUGGCCGUUUCCCAGGUGCCCCGCAGUGGGAAGCCCAACGAGCUGCUCCGAAUCUUCGGCAUCGACCGUGAUGGCAUCACUCAGGCAGUCCGUAAAAUGCUCAGUGGCUCCGCCAACGCCAAGUAAACAUGUUGCUGCUUUGGCUGCAGCGGCUACAAACAUGGCAAAGGACUCCGUGGUUACCUGGUGAUCACCAUGGAGACAAACACAAUACCGAGGGAGGGGACACACUUCUGGCCCACUCAUGCUGUCCUCCUCGUAAAAUAACCUCUAGUAUUGGUUUUAAAAAAUCCAAAAAGAAAAUCUGGUUCUCUCUUUAACUGUCAUCAAUGUGAUUCUGACCCCGUUAGUUUGUGUAAACACACCCCUCCCCCCACCUACACAUCCCCAACCCUCCCUUUCCUACCGCCCAGAGAAAGUUCUGGUACUGCUCUAGUGUUUCAGUAAAGCAGUGAAUGUGAUUUGGAGUAAAGUGAAGUCUUUUUUAUAUUUUCUGUGGAACCCCCGUCACUUCUUUGGUGCAAUCUUUCAGGUCUGCACCCAUACGACUCUCC